AUGGAAAAUACUCGAGUGUUUGUCAGUGGGCUUCCGCCCACUUGCUCCAAUGAUCAGCUUCGCAAUCAUUUUUCCACACGCUUUCAAGUUACAGAUGCCCAUGUCUUGCCUAAACGCCGCAUGGGUUUCGUCGGCUUCAAAAGCAAUGAAACAGCUCAAGAAGCCGUGAAAUAUUUCAACCGGACUUACUUGAAAAUGUCUAAAAUCACGGUAGAUAUUGCUCGACCGAUUGAUUCCAAGCCUGUCCAUCCGACACGUAACCGUGAUGUGGAUAACUCCGCGGAGGGUGCACUCAAGAAGCGCAAGAGGGAAGCUGAAAAGGCACAAGAUCCUAAGCUCAAAGAGUACAUGACUUUGAUGCAGUCAGGCAAGACCCGAACAUGGGCAAAUGAUGAUACUAUGGCUGCCCCAUCCGCAGAUUCUACACCGGUUAUUAACCAACCUACCCAAGACAACAGUGUGGCAGAGGAAGUGCCUUCCCAGCCUAAGAAGGCCCGGAUAGAAGAGUCCCUACCCGUUGCUAGUACCCAGGAACCUGAACCUGAACCGAUGGCCGUUGAGCAUAGUGAAGUGGAUAGGAAUGAGGAUACAUCGGCACAGGAUGGCCAGGGUGAAGAAGAGGCUGCCCCUGCAUCUGAUAUGGACUGGCUGCGGUCGAAGACAAGCCGUCUAUUAGGUCUUCUGGACGAGGAUGAGCAGGCCGAGUUUGAAGAGCGAAAGGUCGACAAACCGGUCGAGUCUCGGAGUUCUCCCAUGGAUGAAUCCCGUAGUGCCGCCAUCGAGCAGAUCACAUCUCAGCCCGAGCCCGAGCCCGUCACUAAUGUUGAUGAGACAGUCGAUGAACCCGCAGAUGAGGAAGAGAAGGAAACUGAAAUUUCGCCUGAGCAGGCUAAAAACAUCGAGCUCAUUCGCGAUUCUGCUCGUCUGUUUUUGAGAAAUCUCUCCUACGAUCUGAAAGAAGCGGACCUUCACCCUUUAUUUUCUCCAUUCGGCAAAACUGAAGAGAUUCAUGUUGCUUUUGACACUCGGACUGAGACCAGCAAGGGCUUCGCCUAUGUGCAGUAUCAUGAUGCGGAUGCUGCCGUAGAUGCCUAUCGCACCCUUGAUGGAAAGCAUUUCCAGGGUCGCCUCUUGCAUAUUCUCCCGGCUGCAGCUAAGAAGAGUUACAAGAUUGACGAAUAUGAGCUUUCAAAGCUUCCCUUGAAGAAGCAAAAGCAGAUCAAACGUAAAAUGGAGUCUGGGUCUUCCUCAUUCAGCUGGAAUUCCCUUUACAUGAACACUGAUGCCGUAAUGUCAUCCGUGGCUGAGAGACUCGGUGUUACCAAGGCAGAGCUGUUGGAUCCAACCUCGUCUGAAGCUGCUGUGAAGCAGGCACAUGCUGAGACACAUGUUAUUCAAGAGACAAAGGCUUACUUUGCCUCGAACGGAGUCAACAUUGAUGCUUUCAAGGAGCGUGAACGAGGCAACACAGCGAUCUUGGUGAAGAACUUUUCUUAUGGCGUGAAGUCUAGUGAUCUCAGGUCGCUGUUUGAGCCUUAUGGCACAAUCAUUCGGCUGCUGAUGCCACCCAGUGGCACCAUUGCCAUUGUUGAGUUUGGAAGGCCCGACGAAGCGCAGAAGGCGUUCAAGGGUCUUGCCUACCGAAAGGUGGGUGAGUCGAUUCUCUUCUUAGAAAAGGCUCCAAAGAACUUGUUUGAUGGCACAGUCAGUGCUCAUGUUGCUGCUCCGGAGGUGCGAGGCAAGGGUCAGGGAUUCUCUACCUCUGAUACUUUUGCCGCAGACGAGGCCGAGGGACCCAGCGUCACGUCAACUCUCUUCGUGAAGAACUUGAGCUUCUCGACUACCAACGAGGGAUUCCUGCAGGCAUUCAAGCCGUUGGAAGGUUUUGUCACUGGCCGCAUCAAGACCAAGCCCGAUCCAAAGAAACCUGGACAAACCCUCAGCAUGGGUUUCGGUUUUGCAGAGUUCAGGACCAAAGAUCAGGCCCAAGCAGCACUGGCCGCCAUGGAUGGCUACAAGUUAGAUGGGCACGAACUUGUCAUCCGCGCCUCCCACAAGGGCAACGAUGCUGCGGAGGAGCGGAGACGGGAAGAUACGGCCAAGAAGAUUGCGGCGAGACGGACCAAGAUCAUCAUCAAGAACUUGCCAUUCCAGGCCACCAAGAAGGAAAUUCGUUCUCUAUUUGGAGCGUACGGCCAAUUGCGCUCGGUCCGUGUGCCUCAAAAGUUCGACCGGACUGCUCGCGGUUUCGGUUUCGCGGAUUUCAUCAGUGCUCGCGAAGCGGAAAAUGCCAUGGACGCGUUGAAAAACACGCAUCUCCUUGGCCGCCGCUUGGUCCUGGAAUUCGUGAACGAGGAGGCUGUCGAUGCCGAGGAGGAGAUCGAGAAGAUAGAGAAGAAGAUGGGUCAACAGGCGGACAGGGUCAAGAUCCAACAGCUUACGGGCGGGGGACGCAAAAAAUUCACUGUAGGGGCCCAGGAGAACGACGAAGCAUGA